AUGGCAAAUAUCGUUGCGUUCGUGAUUUUGUUUUGCCUAGUGAAUGUGACAACACUUCUCACGUACGCAGCUUCAUGCAGAUCCAACGGCGCUCAUUCCCCCGAGAUCAAUCCCUCUGGAACGCCUGCCAUUCUCAUUCUCAACGACUUCGGUCGCGACGGAGACGGAGGCGGCGCCUCCGAGUGCGACGGCAAGUUCCAUCCGUUGCCGCAGAGAGUGGUGGCGCUGUCCACCGUAUGGUACAGCAACGGCGCACGGUGCGGGAAAUGA